AUGGAAGCCAUCAAUGGAUGGUUUAGAUCGAAACAGAACAGCACGGUCAAGAAUACGGAGCUCCAUAUCAGCGCGCCUCUCAAUGGAAGCUUUGAGAAAUUGAAGGAAAAUGAAACCAGGACAGGUCACUCGAAGCCCCAUGGAAAGAUAGCUACUGCGACCACCAGCUUCACACCCCAGAGCAGGGGCAAGGAAGAAACGCUCGCAUGGCUCAACGGUACGUCAGAUGCCCUCACCCAACUGAUCGACCAGCAAAGUCACGCGGCAAGCCAGGUGCGCCGUGGACCAAAGACGCGAGGGAAUCGCGAAGUGCAACUCAUCCUACGAGAACCGUGUCCAAAGACGGUCGAAAAGUUACACCGGGUCAAGAAUCAAGCCGAGAUCGCCGUUCGGUACGGAGUGCCGGGAACAGUGGUGUAUAACUUUAGUAAGUCUUUAAACUGGAACAAUACCACUACCCCACAGCUACCUUCGCUGCAGCUUCGAGACUUUGGGUCCAUGAUAAGGGAUGCCGUGGCAGCCCGCAUACCUCCGGCGCCUUCCACUCCUAUCACCUGGCUGGUUAUCCCGGAUUCCGGAACGUCAAUAGAAGCAGCCGUCUGGCGAGAUGAACAAUCAGUCGACAUAACGGAACGUCCCGACGACAGGAGAAGCUUCUCGCAAGGGGAUGCGGAUGGCGAGAAACAGAAAGAAGACCGAAGGUUACCGCCCCUUGAUACCAACGUGGCCGAAGACGAGAUGGAUCCCUACGAUGACUCCCCUAUCGAGGACGAGACUUUUGCUGGCAAAGUCGAGGACCAAUGGGAGGCGCGCGAGCAACAGGUCCAAACUCAUCUAGCGCAGGCAGUGACGAUAAAAUCGGUCCCGGCUCGGAAGGCCCGGGAGGUCACGGUCAAGGGGCGUCGGCAGCGUCCUGUGCAGCGCAUGACACCCGUCCCGGAGGUGAGUUCGCCAAGCCCCGUGUAG